CGGGAUAGUAGACGGCUCGUGUGCGACCAGGGGAGGCUGUGGCAGCAUGCAAGAGCCCCGGGGGGAGGAGGAGCUGGGAGCACAAGGCCCCCGGGGGCCACCGGUUGGAGGAUACACAGAAGAAGGUUCGAGUUCCCGGGGGCCACAGGAAAACUACUUGAAACAAAAGGCUACACAUGGUUGCGCCCCCCAGCUGUCUGCACAGGUCCCCCAAGAGCUUAAUCUAUGCCAGGAGCCAAAUAUAGCUUCUACAGAUGAACAACCUACAGCCAUAACCGAAGCCGUAGAAAAGACCGUGAGCCAGGAGUUGCCAGAGACUAAAACUGAGGAUUCGGGCACCCCGGGUCCCCAAGAGCCAAGCAAUAGACUAAUGCAUCCUAACCCAUGGGCUCUCACGCACAUUCUGCCUAUAGGUAUUCAGGAACACUGCCCGGGACCACAUAGCCAUGAGUCGGACGCCGACCAUAUCCACUACCGAUCAGGCCAAGAUGCUUUAAGUUCACAAGAGCCAUCUCAUGAUGUGGGCCCCCAGGCAACAGGUGUGCACCUAGACUCCCUGGAGCCUCAUGUUAUGCUAGACUUCCUGGACCUGGUGCAGAAACAACCCAGCAUCCCAGAAUUGACUCUCUCUGAUUCUGUACAUCCGGUUGCAAAUGAAAUUUUGGCCCCGGCAGCUCCGUGCGCUUUGUGUCCUCCUGAAAUCCCCGUUUUUUAUAGGCCCAGCCCAAAGGAGUCACAUGUGCAGCUGGGCCCUGAGGAGCUUCCCGAUGAGGAAUUCCCUUUGCUCGUGGAUCCAAUAUCUGUUUUGGGGCUACAAGGUGAUCUGCAGGAAGUGCCCGACUUUGAAGAUGUUGUGUCGGAGACCCCAAGCCCAGAGCCAGAGGACAUGUUUGGUGGUAUCCCUGCCGGACACCUGCUGCUGCCGGGAGUGCAGAGAAGAGGGGUGAAUAUGACUGAAGCUGUCCCGGUCCCCAGCUCUGAGCAUGUGGCGGAGAUUGUUGGGAGGCAGGGGUGCAAAAUUAAAGCUCUGCGAGCCAAGACUAAUACUUAUAUCAAGACCCCAGUUCGUGGAGAGGAACCCAUCUUUAUAGUGACUGGCCGAAAAGAGGAUGUUGAAAUGGCCAAACGAGAAAUCCUGGCAGCGGCAGAUCACUUCUCUGUCAUCAGGGCAAGCAGAAACAAGAAUUUGAUUCUUGGGUCCACUCAGGGACCCCCAAACUUGCCAGGUCAGACCACAAUUCAGGUCCGUGUACCCUACAGGGUGGUGGGUUUGGUAGUCGGCCCCAAGGGUGCAACCAUAAAGAGAAUCCAACAGAGUACCCACACUUACAUUGUAACCCCCAGCAGAGAUAAAGAGCCAGUUUUUGAAGUCACAGGGAUGCCAGAAAAUGUAGACAGAGCACGGGAAGAGAUUGAGGCUCACAUCACGAUGCGGACAGGUUCCUUGGUGGACAUAAAUCCAGAUAAUGAUUUCCACAGAAAUGGCACAGAUGUUUGCACUGAUCUUCUUGGUGGUGGACCCUCUAGUAUUUGGGCCAAAGUACCAGCUCCUCGCAGAGGUUCUGCAGCAUCGCGCAGUGAAAUAGGCAGCUCUUCAGAAAUCACAUACUUUGCAACAGCAAGCAGGGAACAGGACCCAGCAAGCCCUUUCAGGCCAAUACUAGGAGGUGGCUUUUCCCUGGGAGAACCACACACUGUUUCUCCUGCUCUAGGUACUGAUGAUUGUGACUUUGGCUUUGAUUUUAUGGCCCUGGAUCUGAACACACCCACUACAAUUUGGUCUCCAUUUGAAACACCCAGCGGGAAGCAUCAGAACUUUAGUGCUUGCAAUACUCAGAGGAGGAACAGUGUUGUGAGUGGUAGCACUAUCUCGCCUACACUGCCUGAACCAAAUAUUGGGUUGGAACAUCCACUUGCACGUAGAAUACACAGUGACCCAAUGAGUGCUACCCCUUGGUUGCCAAUGCAAGGCUCGCUUUCCUCCUUCUCCAACAGCACUGGUUAUUCCUCGUCUUCCUCUCUGCUUGGCAGCUCUUCUGUGGCAUCUGGCUCUCCCACAGACUCCACCAGCUCUGAUGGGCAGCGCAAAAGUGCCCGCGAUUGUGUUAUAUGCUAUGAGAGUGAGGUCAUAGCAGCAUUGGUGCCGUGUGGCCAUAAUCUCUUUUGCAUGGAAUGUGCUAUUAAAAUCUGUGAGCGGGUACUACCAGAGUGCCCAGCCUGCCAUGCACCCGCCACGCAGGCCAUUCGCAUUUUUUCCUAGCUGCACAUCCGAUCCAUGAUAAUAGCCCGCGGAAGCACCUUAGCCUAACUCUGUAACGCUUCUGGAUCAUACAUCUAUAAAAACAAUUAUUUAGCUUUCAGGGUGUAGAAACCAAGACAGACAAAAAUAAAGUUGUGAGCUGCAUCUUGUGUAUUUGAGAAAGUGGAGAUUAUUACUGUAAGAGAUCUAUCAAAUCAUUUAAACUGUUUACAAAACUCCUCUGACAUUUUAACAGACACAUGUUGAUCAAAUUGCUCACAUUAAUUUCUUCCAUUUAUUUUACACUCCUUAACAGUAUUCAGUUUUAAACACGAUUAAUAAAUGGAAAGAGCAAGUUGCACUUAUCCUUCUCUAAAGACACACAAAAUAUGUGCUUUUUAUUUUGGAAUUGAAACCU